AUGUUUUGCUCGAAAGAAUCAAGGAUCRCCGUCYUUGCKAUUGCACUCAUAUGCUCRUUGACCGUGGUUUCUCACUCAAUAGAGGUCACUAARGUGCUGACUAUCACCUCCACGACUACUGACGUCGUCGUUGUCACUGCCCCACCGCUCCCUCCAAACAAAGCAGAAACCGUUUUGAACACAGCAACCAACAUAAUCCAGACCAUGCAGUUCAUAUUCAACUGCGCGCCCUUCAAAUGGAAGGGCCCCCUGAAGAUCACCUCGUGCACACUGAACUUCAUCGUCUUGCUACUCACGGCGUGGGGCUACYUACUGAAGUACYUACAAGACUACAAGCUGACCAAUGAUGCCGAUAUGGAACGCAUGGUGAGACUCGACUUUGGGGAGAUGGUCAGCAGGGUCAUUGGGAAGGGAGUCGGCAAGGCUUUUACAAAGAUGGACAUCACCCAGAAGCUAGUKUAUCCCUUCGGGGGAACCAAUAGCCAGAAAUGUCUGGUCAUGACCGURGGAGAGAAUUCGAUGGUGMCGUUCCACGCUCUGUCCACGGAGAUAUGUUUCGACCGCAACACCCUCGGUUCGCUGUCUCGUCGUGGCCAUGGUCAYGGCAACGUGUUUGCUUUGGAUACGGACUCCGURAGCAGUUUGGGGUUGUUGGCGGACAUCCCGUCAGGAAUKUCCAUGGUAAAUGAACUAUACGCCCAUUUYGGGGACUAUACGGUAGAGGUUCUCGGCGGUGUCAUGAAGCUGGCRUCAGCCAUCAACAGAGAGGGCUGGCAGAGGGAAAAGCACGGUUUCGUGGUCCCAUCGAGGGACCGACCCAACGAAACGCUGCUAAGCGUUCACAUGUAUAGUUCAGACCUGUUAUAG